AUGUUUGGAGGACUAAUAAGUAGAUUAGCAAUAGGCGCUACUACUAGGAUAUCAUCUCUGCCAACACAAUUACGGAAUCCAGCUCUCAUACGGCCGAUACAAGUCUCGACAACAAAGAAGCUCACAUACGCAUCAACAGAGGCACUAAAGCAAGGCUCGCAGUAUAAAGAUCUUGUAUCAACAAAAGAACGAAAUGCCUUUAUACCACCUCCACGAGGCGAAUGGACUGAUGUCAAGUCUUUCCUGGCGGCUAUAGGUCGUAACGCAGAGUCCGCUGUAGAUAAAUUCAAGGACUGGAAUCACUUCUUCACUGUGUCCCCGACUGAACUGCCGACGCUGGUUUCUGACGUUCCACUGAGAAAAUACAUUCUGUCGUGGAGAGAGUGGUACAAACAAGGCUAUAACCCAUACGCAAUAGCUGUACCAGUCAGAAGGAAAAAGUACCUCAAGAUUCGUGCCAAGGUGCAGCUGGCACGGUUGAAGAAGCAAGGGUUGGCAUAA